UCCAGUUAUGUUGUCGUGGCGAACAUUGCUGGGGCGACAAUUCGUUUGGACUUUUGUGUCGCGAGCGAUCUCGUAGCAUCGUUUAUUUAUUAACAACGAUACGGACCGCGUCUCACGGCCGAUCGUGCCCGAGCUACCGUUAAAACCGGAGCGAACCGAUUCGCGACACUCGCCGAUUUUUCGUUCUCGUUGUCAAGACCAUUUACAUUCCAGACCCACGCGUGGUCUCCAGCACGAAAGAUCUGGGUGCUUGGUGAACACGUCCGCGGGAAAACGUUAAGGGCCCAACGUCGUGGAUUGGGACCGCGGACCGGUAACCUGUGAAUCGAUCGACCAGGACGUAUUCAGCGAAUCGAGCUGGCAUGGAGCGCGAAUCGUUCGUGGAAAAUGGACAUUAGAGAGUUACGACAUAUCCUUCAAAUAGGACCCUGGCACCAAGAAGUAUCAAUCGUGCAGCACACAGCGUGAAACACCAAACAACAGAACCGGCGGAAUCGUCGCUUCUCGCCGGCGAAAGGAGAGACGUGAGGAGGUCCCCCGGAAGAUAUAACCCGGGUUUUUACGAGAACCGUCGACCUUCCUUACCGUACGUGAGAAUAACGACGAGAGGUCGGCCUUGAGGUGUGUGGAGGUGCGCGCUGAGUGGUCGUCGUGCAGCAGACUCGGCAUCGGGAGAGAUUUAUUCGAGUUUCACAACCUCUCUCGAUCAGCAGCACCGGUCGUGACCUCGAUAGAGCUCAUCCACCUGGUCGGGAUAACUUGUGCUCGGGACAACCGAAAGGUCGGGCUCCUUGGUCGCGAGGCGUAAUCCACGCGCGAUCCACGUCGUCGUCGUCCACGGGACCAGCUACCGGAAGUCGCACGAUGUAGCCCGGCUUCCAUGAAUUUUCGUCGACCGUUUGGACGAGAAGGAAGCCCUUGAACGAGCGACAGGUGACGACGGACGACGCUUCGGGGGGUAUUCGUUUCGAGACAGACUGUGCAAGCAUGAAGACGAUGGGAGACGUGGUCGCGGAUCCCGUCGACGAGCAGAACGGUACCUCCGGCUCGGGGCAGAACGCGACACCCGGCAAGGAAUUCGGACAACGGACCCUGAGGUCCUUGAAGAGAGGUCUCGGCAGGCUGUGGAGGAGGCACAGGGGUAAUGCCUCCAUCACCGAGUACGACCCUUGCUAUAAGGUCGCUUAUCUUGGGAACGUUCUCACUGGAUGGGCCAAGGGUGAGGGCUGCGUGGAGAAACCGGUGUCGACCUUAUGGCGCAAUUACGUUACCAGCAACAGGCCGGACGUGUCGAUGAGGCUGACGGUCACGAACGGUGGUUUGACCGCCACGACGAAGGAUCACGGCCUGACGGAGUACUGGGCCCACAGGGUUACCUAUUGUACAGCACCUGCUUCCCACCCGCGCCUCUUCGUCUGGGUCUACAGACACGAAGGACGGAGACUGAGGCCCGAGCUCAGGUGUCACGCCGCCCUAUGCAGCAAGGAGUCCACCGCCAGGAGGCUGGCCUCGACCUUGAACGCCAGGCUACAACAAGCGCUCCUGGAAUUCCGACGGGACAAGGUCUCCAGGCAAAAUGCUAGACUGUCCCUAGCAAGCGCCCUGUACGAGAACCCUUCGUUACCGAGACGAAAGCUGCUGCUGAGCACCGGUGGUCACAACUAUCGACCGCCACUCGAGAGAUCGAAGAGCGCUCCAAAGCUCUCGGCGAUCGAGGAGGACAUCGUCGCCGAGGAGAUCGAGCAGCAGAGGAUCCUCGAGGAACUGAGAUCUCUGGAGAACGUGGCCAGAAGCUGGCACGAUCAAGACAGCUGGAGACUCGCCAGACUGCUCGACGCCUUGAAUCGCGAGUCGUCCGACGAAAACGGAAGCAUCUCCAGCGGAUGUGAAACCGCCAGCACGGCGACCAGCGAGGAGAGAGCUCCUGGACCGGAAGACAAUCACGCUGCAGGUGAGACGGAGCAACGAACCAGCAGAAGAGUGAUGUUCUCCGACGAGGUGAGAAGAGGUCCAGGACCGCGACGGAACUCCGAGGGUUCGCCAAAUUUUAUGACCUGCGCGGGAAGUCCUCGUUUUCACCGUCGCGAGGUGGAGAUCGGCCGCAAGAGGUUCACGUCCAGGAACGAGGAGGACGAGUCGAUGGAGGAGGAGGACGAGGAGAUCGAGGAUCCUGCCUCCCACGUGUUCGAUUUCGAGGACGUGGAGGACUUCGACGACGUGGUGGACUACAGGCCGCGGGGCGAGAUAUUGCGCAGGAUCGACGAUCAGCAGGACAGAGCGAGACGAGUGAUGGAGACGUAUCCCGGCAGGAUGAGCCACGAGUUGUUGCAGAACGACGAGUCGCCGUUCUUGACCCUGGACUCGCUCGACGAGGAGGUGGACAGCGACGAGAGCGGUUAUGUGGAGGCGCCGCCCAAGUCUCUGCUGGGACAGGACGAUCGCAAGAACGAGGACGAAACCAGCGCGGAGGAGAGUCAGACAGCGAAACACGAGGAUUCCAAAGAGUCGAACGACGAGAAGAGGGAGGAGGAAGUAGAGACGAAGGACACCUCGAUCGUCGACGACAACCAGAGGAUCAAGGAGAAGGAGAGGCAGAGGGCUGAUUUCAUCAAGUGUCCCAUCUCAGAGACGAUCAAGAAGCUGGCGAACGCGUCGCUGAAGAGCUCCAAGUCCUUGGAAAUGACCACCAACAACUGUCUGAAGGCGUUGAACAACCUGAAGACCUCCAAGUCCUUCGACGGGCCGAAAACCGUGGAGAUGGACGCGGAGUCGCCUAGUCUUCAUCAGAGGAAACAGCUGCUAGCUCAACACGGCGUCGUCGUUUGAACAAUUUUCUCGGCGCGCGUACGAAAAGCCCGAUGAUUCUCUAAACGAUCUACGCCCAUUACGAUUUCUGAUGUCCCAAGCAUCGAAACGGGCAUGGUAGACUCGGUCCUGUCGGCGAUUAAAAUGAUUCCGAACGCGACAGGGGAACGAAUAAAUGAUAAUUGACGCUGUUCGAUAGAUAUACAUACAUACGAUGUUCAGUUCACGCGUUCAAAGCGUUUAGUAAAAGAUGAUUCCCGAAUAUUUAAGAAAUCGAUUUUUAAUAAUUAAUCUUAGGUCUCGUGUUAACGAUCGCGACUGACAGUCUGGUCUGAUGAAAUUAAUCGUUUACUUCGUGCGAAAUAUGGGUACCACUUAUCAACUCGUGUGUGUCUUUGUGACGAAAGCAGAGAGAGAGAGAGAGAGAGAGUCGAAUGAAUUUUGAGCGCGGUUUGGGUUUAGAAAUAUCGCGAAACGAUCGCGUAUUCGCAUUACAAUUAGGUACGACGAGAGCAAAGAUUUUUGUAAAUACAUUUAGCAAGCGUUAAGGAUAGUAGGAAUAACAAAUUUCGUUACCGAAAUUCGGCGUCGUGUGUUUCUUUCGUAACGUUAUCCAGCGAUUGGUCUGCAACUCCGUAGAACGCCAUUGGUGAACGAAAACAUACUCCAACGCGGACAACAAUCCGUUCGAACUGAUUACAGAAAUGUUUAACCGUAAUUGGAACCAACGAAACGCGAUCCCUGAAGCAAGAACGUGCCAUACGUGUGCUACAGAGCAAGACGCUUUUAUUCGUACGUUUCUUUUUGUUUUUUUUUUACGGUUUCAUCUGUUCUGUUAUGCGUGGAAGAUUUGUAGACGAAACGCUUCGUUGUUAUGGGGGAAAAGUAAUACGCACGAUAAUAAAUAAUUUGAACCACACUUCGAUUAACCGGUGUCUUUGUUGGAAUGGUGUACGAUCAUGGAUACCAUAAUUGUGACGAUCGCUGUACGAGAAUGGCUCGAAGAACAAUAAAAAGGAUACCCGAAUGACGGGAA